UGGGAGAGAGAGGGGGAAAGUGGAAAGUAAGGAGAAAACGGGGGAGAGAGAGAGAGCAAAACAGUGAGAGAAAUAAGUUUUUAGUUUGAGGGAGGACAAGUGAGGAGAGAGUUUGGAGUGAGAGAGCGUGGUGGGUGGCAGUGGGGGGACUGGGAGCUUCAUUUUCCAUUUUGUUUUAUCUGCAGUGAGUGCUGCCUGCCUCCUCUCUUCUCCUUCCCCCCUCCUCCUCUUUUUCCUCCUUACUGCUCCUCUUCUCAUCCUGACUCUCUCCCAGCUCCCGCCGUGGGGUCUCAGCUCUCCGUCUCCCUCCCCCCCUCCCUUGCUCCCUACCUCCCCCGGGCCCUCCUGGGAGCCUCUGGGCUGUUGCGCCGCAGGAGGAUGUCUCGCAGGGAGUCUCCGCCGCCACCCUCGCCACCUCCACCUCCGCAGCUGCUGGGAGUGAGGAGAGGAGAUCUGGAAUGUGAGGAUCGUCCAGAGCGUGCCGAGCCGCUGUCUGACACCGAGAGGGAGAUUAUCCAGGACACGUGGGGACACGUCUACAAGAACUGCGAGGACGUGGGAGUGUCUGUGUUAAUAAGGUUCUUUGUCAACUUCCCAUCAGCCAAACAGUACUUCAGCCAGUUCCAGGACAUGGAGGAUCCAGAGGAGAUGGAGCGAAGCAGCCAACUUCGGCACCAUGCGCGCAGGGUGAUGAAUGCCAUAAAUACUGUGGUGGAGAACCUCCAUGAUCCAGAGAAGGUGUCGUCAGUGCUGGCUCUGGUAGGAAAGGCCCAUGCUAUCAAACACAAGGUGGAACCCAUGUACUUCAAGAUCCUGAGUGGUGUGAUGCUGGAAGUGUUGUCUGAAGAUUACCCCGAGUUCUUCACAGCAGAGGUGCAGAUGGUGUGGACCAAACUGAUGGGAGCAGUGUACUGGCACGUGACAGGGGCCUACACUGAGGUGGGCUGGCUCCAGGUCUCCAGCUCAGCAGUGUGAAGAGUUCAGAGGAAGAGGGAGUAAAGGAGAAGUAGUUUCAAUUGCGAGGAGUUCUGUGAGGAUUGGCUUCACAGACAUGGAUAACAUUAACGUGGUAAUCCGUGCAACUCUGUAUUUUAUUUUGGUGGCAUUUUGGUGCUAAGCCUUCAUUACUGUGGUGUUUCUACAUUGCACUUCCCAGAGAUUACUUGGACAUUAAAUAAUGUAGCCACGCAACAUUUUACUUUUCUCCAAAUGAUGUUUUAGCUACUGUAGGUGGUGCUUUGGCCUGUGUUUUUAGCCACGGAGGGUAUCACUGCUAAUGCUAGCUAUACAGUUUUUCUAUUGUCUAUUCCAAACAAACUACUGUCAGAAUCAUAAAAUACAUCACUUGUUGUGGGGAAUGGGAUCUUCCCUGUUAAAGAGCCACCUGCUUAGACAAGCAAACCCAAAAUUGUUAAUAAACUGAUUAACUGGUUUGGUUUGACUGAUUAAUUGGUUUAAUUACAGUUAUUAGUGACAAUUGACCCUUCACUAAACCCUGUCCUACUGUUGGGCCUGUCAUGCUUUUGAAUUGAGUGCACCGCAUAUGUUUAGAAUGAUGAUGGUCACAGUAGUCACUCAAAAAACAGUAAAACAGUAAGUAAAUGCUAAACAGUGGAUUAUUUGUUUUCACAGGCUUCUCAUUUCUAGCUGAAAAGUGUGGAUUUUGCCACCCAUAGCCUAAUAACAACUCAUUUUUAUCAACUACUGCCACCUCGCUAAUUAAUGUUGCUAAGUAGGGUUAUUUGAUAAUGCUGUCUCAAACCAACUUGUUUGUUCACAAAAAAAAAUAAAUAAAUAGAAAAUGGUCAUAAAUAGCUAAGCACCUAAACCUAACAGCUACAUGAUAUUGUGUUAAGAGGCUAAAGCUACAUAUCUUCAGCCAACAUCUAUAAGGCAUUUAACAUCUUCACCAUGUGUGUUAUAUUGUGUGUCUUGGGCAUGUCUCUUUCAUAAUCUGUAACCCCACAAAGUUGUGGUCUUGAAAGUAAUGCUGGGCUAACUGCUGUGCUAAGCUAGUUUGCCAAACACACUAUAUUUUUAUCUUAGGUUAGAGAAGACUAACCUAAUCUAUGAUCUAU